GAACACAAUUCGGCUUCAAUUGACUUCCGAUUCAAGGUCACUGAGUGGAAUUAUAUUCAAUCCAGUGCCUCGCCGUGUAUCCCCGACGCUUGCAAUUAGGCUUUGCGUGAUUGGCCAGCACCAGCUGAGUCAGCCAUUUGCCGGCCGCCAGACCCGAGGUUACCUUGAGCUGCCAAAGGCGACAAAACAUCGCCAGAACCGAUCGACUUCACUUCCUCGUGCCUCCCUUGGACCUCGUUUGUCGUUGCCGCUGGCUGGCUGCUCUUCUUUCAGGCCUCUCUCCCCUCCCUCCACCGCCAUCGACAUUCUUUCGGUCUCAUUGACCUCUCCUACUCGCGCAUAUCCUAUUUUUCGCCCUCUGGUAGAUCCCUCGCCCCCCGAUCGACCGUGAUCUCUUUCUCGACCGCCCACAAUGGCUGCCCUUCGCACGACCUCGCGCCUGUUCGCUUCCUCGAAGCCGCUGUUCCGCCCAGCCGCCUUCACUCGCUCCUAUGCGACCGUUGACGCCCUUUCCCAGGACCCCAACCCCUCGGAGCAGCCCCGGGUCAAGACUUUCCAUGUCUACCGCUGGAACCCCGAUCAGCCCACCGAGAAGCCCAAGAUGCAGUCUUACUCCCUGGAUCUGAACAAGACCGGUCCCAUGAUGCUGGAUGCCCUGAUCCGCAUCAAGAACGAGAUGGACCCCACCCUGACUUUCCGGAGAAGUUGCAGAGAGGGUAUCUGUGGAAGUUGCGCGAUGAACAUUGACGGUGUCAACACCCUGGCUUGCCUGUGCCGUAUCCCCACCGAUACCGCCAAGGAGUCUCGCAUCUACCCUCUGCCUCACACCUACGUCGUCAAGGACUUGGUCCCCGAUUUGACCUACUUCUACAAGCAGUACAAGUCGAUCAAGCCUUACCUGCAGCGCGACACCCCGACCGCGGAUGGUCUCGAGAACCGUCAGAGCCCCGAGGAGCGUAAGAAGCUGGACGGUCUGUACGAGUGCAUUCUGUGCGCUUGCUGCUCUACCUCCUGCCCCUCUUACUGGUGGAACAGCGAGGAGUACCUUGGACCCGCCAUCCUCCUCCAGUCCUACCGUUGGUUGGCCGAUUCCCGUGACGAGAAGACCGCCGAGCGUAAGGCCGCUCUCGACAACAGCAUGAGCGUGUACCGUUGCCACACCAUUCUCAACUGCUCGCGGACUUGCCCCAAGGGCCUGAACCCCGCACGGGCCAUUGCGGAGAUCAAGAAGAUGAUGACUGCUCAUUAGAGAAGUGACACGAGAUCUAAAAAGAAUUGCUUUCUCUUUGUGCAUUACGUCUUGUGUGGCUGGGUAUUUUUCCUUCUUUCCUAUCCCAUUUCUUUUUGGUUAAUUCGUGUCUGAGCUUUAUUCCCUCCAUCCCCGAGGUCUUUCAUGUCGGAUGUGUUUCAAUAGGUGUAAAUUGUGAAUGUGAUUUAUAGCCAUGGCGGUCAGCCAGUGAUCAAUUGAGUAUAUACUUGUGUGAUCAGCGUAAUGCGUAAGGUACAGGCGGUGUCAAUUCGGGUUUCAUAUAUAUUAUAUAUAGUGGAGUGUAUACGCCUUGAUUUCAAUAAUAGGUACCGCCAAUCAAUUAUCUUUGAACUGGA